AUGGCAAGGGAAGAGCUGGGUGCAGCGCCAGGCAGGCAGCAGGACUCCUGCACCUCUGCAGCCGAGAAGGAGAUGGGAGGAGCAGAGCGAAGAGAGAAGCAAUACCGAGCCCAUCGGGGAUUUGCGGAUCGCCGCGGUGGGGUCAUCAGCGCCCGCACAUAUUUCUACGCUGAUGAGGCCAAGUGUGACCAGCACAUGGAGACUUUCCUCCGCUGCAUUGAUGCUUCAGGUGGCAGCUCAGAGGACGGCUUCUCAGCCAUCAAGCUGACAGCACUGGGCAGACCUCAGUUCCUGCUGCAGUUCUCAGAGGUGCUGGUGAAGUGGCGGAGGUUCUUCCACCAAAUGGCCGCAGAGCAGGGCCAGGCUGGGCGAGCAGCGGUGGAAAUGAAGCUGGAGGUGGAGAAGCUGCAGGAGGCCCUGGCCAACCUGGGCAUCGUGACCAAGGCAGAGAGCCAGCACUGGUUCACAGGCGAGAACCUGGGUGUGAGCGGCACUGUGGACCUGCUAGACUGGAACAGUCUGAUCGACAGCCGCACCAAGCUCUCCAAGCUGCUGCUCAUCCCCAAUAUGCAGACUGGGCAGCUCGAGCCUCUGCUCUCACGCUUCACCGAGGAGGAGGACCUGCAGAUGAAGCGGAUGCUGCAGCGGAUGGACAUCCUUGCCAAGAGAGCCACAGAGAAGGGCGUGAGGCUGAUGGUGGACGCAGAGCAGAGCUACUUCCAGCCAGCCAUCAGCCGCCUCACCCUGGAGAUGCAGCGCCGCUUCAACAGGGAUCGGGCAAUCAUCUUCAACACCUACCAGUGCUACCUGAAGGAGGCUUACGACAAUGUGACCGUGGACGUGGAGCUGUCACGCCGAGAGGGCUGGCACUUUGGCACCAAGCUGGUCCGCGGCGCCUACAUGGAGCAGGAGCGGGAGAGGGCGGCCCAGAUUGGCUACGAGGAUCCCAUCAACCCCACCUAUGAGAAGACCAAUGAGAUGUACCACAGGUGCCUGGACUAUAUCCUGGAGGAGAUCAAGCACAACCGGAAAGCCAGUGUGAUGGUGGCAUCUCACAAUGAGGACACGGUGAAGUUCACCCUGCGCAGGAUGAUGGAGCUUGGGAUCCAUCCCUCGGAGAAGAAGGUGUGCUUUGGGCAGCUGCUGGGCAUGUGCGACCAGAUCACCUUCCCCCUGGGUCAGGCCGGCUUCCCCGUCUACAAGUACGUGCCCUACGGGCCGGUGAACGAGGUGCUGCCCUACCUGUCCCGAAGAGCCCAGGAGAACAGGGGCUUCAUGCAGAGGGCAAACCGGGAGCGGGACCUUCUCUGGAGAGAGGUCAAGAGGCGGCUCCUCGCUGGCAGCCUCUUC